AUGUUGUUGGACUACUGUUGCAGGUGUUGUGGGUAUUGUGGGUCUACUCUGAAGCGCUAUGGCCCAACAUCAGUCAAGAUCAAGACCAACAUCAGUGAAACAUGGAUUGUUCUCCAGAACUUGCUGAUGUGCAUAAUAUCCUUCUAUGCUGUUUACUACAUAGUGGUCAGUCUCUGCAUUGGUAUUCUCAGGGUACAUGAGGUUGACAGCCUUUUAGCGCCCUUUGACUACACAACACAGCCAUCAUGGCAAAGUCCAAAAUACCUAGUGACAGUGAUCUCCAUGGAGCUGACCUAUCUUUUGGGAGGCCUGAUAUUUGCGUGGAUUGUCGAGGAGUGGGUGUGGGACUACGCCAUCACAGUCACACUAAUCCACAUCGGUCUGACGGUAGCAGUUAUGUCUGAUUUCCCGUCAACAGAACAUUAUUGGAUUGCCCUUGGUUCUGGAUUGGUGAUGAUGAUUUUCGGAGGCCAACUUGUAGCAUAUAAGCUCUUCAGGAAUAAUUUUGUGUAUCCGGAUGAGCUCCAACAUUUCUAAGAAAAACAUUUAGCUUUUCUUCUACAAAAUGAUGUAGGGUCAAAUAUUUUUUUAUAUUCAUUUUUUUUGUACUACACAACUUUGGUACUCUGUAAAUCCACACAUUAUAUAUUGCAAUUAAAGGUUGUUUGGAAAGAAUAGUUGAGAAUAUGGGGCAGCAGGGUAGCCCAGUGGUUAGAGCAUUGGACUAGUAACCGAAAGGUUGCAAGUUUAAAUCCCUGAGCUGACAAAUCUGUCGUUCUGCCCCUGAAUAGACAGUUAACCCAUUGUUCCUAGGCCGUCAUUGAAAAUAAAAAUGUGUUCUUAACUUGCCUAG